AUGGUUGCGUUAUCGGCGGAGGCAGCCCGGCUCCUAUUCCGAGUUCGCGAGAACGCCGCAGCCGGCCCGGCACUGCAGUCCUUCGAAUUAACCGAAGCAGACCCGGGCGUUGGCCCCGUCUGCGUCGAGGGCGCCGAGCCUGACGACGUCCUGCGCAUCGACUUCCUACCACUCGAGCCCUCGGUGAACUUUGGCUGGACGGCUGUCUUCCCCGGCUUCGGGAUCCUGAGCGACGACGCGGAGUUUGCGGAGCCUGCGCUGAAGAUCUGGGAUCUGCGCGGUGUGCGGGAGAGGGGGUGCCUUGUGUUCCGCGAGGGCCAGGCCGUCGACGGGGGCCGGGGGCACCCCAUGGUGCCGCCGCUCGACACGGGCGGCAAUAUCGACACGCGCUGCGUCGGCGAGGUCUGCGGGACGGCGGUGGAGACAAGGAUGCGGGCGCGGGUGCGAGUCUUUGUUGAGAAGAAGGGGAAGUGGUGGGUGAGGAGCCCGUGGGUGCUGACGGCGGCAAAGAAGCAGGAGGCGGAAGAGGAAGAAGAAGGGGCUGUGGGAAAGGGAAAGGGAUUUGAACAAAAAUUGGAGGACGGGAGGGAGAUGGUGUGUCUGGGCGUUGGCAGUGAUCUGAGGGAGGCGACGCGCAAGGCGGUCAGGGGCGUGGUGGACUGGCUCGAGGCGGAGAAGGCGAUGACGCGGGUGGAGGCUUACAUGCUGGUGAGUGUGGCCGGCAACCUGAGGAUGUGCGAGGUGGUGGAUAUGCCGAAUUAUGCUAUUGGGUGUGCGGUGCCGUUGGGUAUCUUUGUGUCUUGA